AACGAAUUGAUUCAAUAUCACCAAAUGAAUAGUUUUUUUAUCGUUUUGAAAUUUUAUAGACAUGAAAUGAAUGUAAGGAAUCUUUGAAUUUGAACCAACUGCUCAAGUUUUACUUAAUCAUCUGUACUUCUAAUCAGAAAUGACGCAGGUUAUGCGAAGAUGCAUUACUGGGUUCCAUCCUCCCAACUCGUCUCGUCAAUGUGCCGACUGGGGUUCCCAGCGGAUGCUAGCGUUCGGCAAUGGAUCCAACAUCGUCAUUCUGGUAUCCGAACCCCUAGAACAGCUGACAACACUAGUGGGACACCAUGCUAAUGUCCACAGAGUAAGAUGGCAGCAAGAAUCGUUUAAUCAUUCCAUUAACGUUCCGUAUAGAUCAUGGCUGGCAUCUUGUGAUAUGGACGGCGUAAUUAUUGUUUGGGACAUUGCUGCCGGAUCGAGAGUGGCGACGUUUUCGGACAGUGGUAACAAGCCAGUGCUCACGAUUGAAUGGCUGAGUUCUCUUCAGAGUGCAACGCGAGACUUACUUGUUGCGGUUCAUCCGUCAUAUGCACUCAUAAUGUGGAAUGCGGCUACCGGAAACAAACUGUGGAAGAAAACAUAUACUUCUGAAAUAUUUUCGUUUUCGUUGGACCCGUUUGAUUCUUCGAGAAUUCUUAUGCUGUCAAAUGAUUUUAUUCUUUUGGUUACCGACUUCAUGAUAAGUCAGGCACCCUCAAGUGAUGGAAAGAAGUUGCCGAUUCCUGGAAGUCUAAAGCCGACGAAGAGUCCUUCCAAUAUGUCGCUAGCAAGUGAGACCAACAGUAUUACAUCUUCCAGCAUGAUGCUAUCAACUACCCGGUCGUUCUCCAAGCAGAUUUCAAACGUUAUGGGCGCUACAGGUAUGAGAUCUUAUGGCGAUUCGUCUUCAGUUUUCAGUGAACCUGCUUUGAACCCUUCUUCAGAUGAUGCAAUUUUACAACUGCAGUUUUUGCCGACGUUGCGAGACCACUUCGUGAUUGUUCAGUCACAUAAAAUUUGUAUCGUCAACUUAGAGAUAGAACUACCUGUGUGCAAUAUUUCAUUGGAUUCCUCAUUGUCGCCGUUUGUUCAUGUUUAUCCGUGUCAUCAACGUGAUGCGUUCUACUGUCUACACAAUAACGGUAAUGUUACUUUGAGAGUAGCAAGACCUCGUUACUCAGAAACAGGCUCAAAAAGUGCAUCUAUGGUAUACGAUGUCAGACUCCAAAGUGAAUCAGUACGGUUGUCAAAGCAGCACAAGGUAAUGGCCCUAGCUGUAUGUCCAAGCAGCGAGAGAAACAUAUCAGUGAUUUCUUCGGAUUCCAGAGUUUUCUUUUGGUCAGUGAAUCGAAUUGUUCUAUCUGAUACAACAAGUGACCAAGAGAACCCAACGCCUGAUGAUAAAAAUCACACCGUUCUAGCGCCCCUCCGAGGAGUUGUAAAACAGAACAAAAUCCACGGUCUUCAUCUUAGAGACUUGUAUCUUCCUUCUAGAUUGUUUUUAGACAGCAAAUUUGUCGCACAAAAUUCUAAUAACGUUCAGUUGAAAUUUGCUAUGAGCGGUUUGUUCACAUUUUUGGGAUCGCCUCCGUUUGUUUUGUCGAUGUGCCCACCUUUGACAACAAAAAAUUUCCUCUAUUAUAAACCAAUUUUGGCAGUCGGCGGCGGAAACGGAAUUAUAUAUCUUAUAGAUCUGAAUUCGGGUUCAAUAGUCAAAGAGUACUCGAUUCAUACAGGCUCUGUCGCGGGAAUAGAGUGGUGCUCUCUCGAUUCGUUCCUGAGUUUCUCCGUCAUCAUUUCUGGAACUGCUUCGAAUAACGCCAAGAAUGAACUGGUGUUUGUUGAAUGUUCAACUGGAAAGACUCACCAGUUGAUAUACUCGAAGAGCAGCAGUCAUGCAGUUUCACCCCUGUCUAUGAUUCGAGUGUCGCCAAGGAAGAAUUAUUUUGUGGCUGUGUAUAAGUUCAAGCCGAUGGAGAUUUGGGACGUAAAGACAAAGAGGAUGUUGCGCGAAGUGAAAAUGACGUCGACUGCUCCGAUCACCGCGAUUGCAUGGUGUCCGAAUGCGCGUUUUGCGAGGACAAAAAAACUACAAACUUCUGAGCCAAAAACAAACGAUGAAGGCGGAGAAUCCACCUCGCCGACUCAACAGGAAAAUCCGAAGCCAGUCAAGGCCCAAUCAGCGACAACUGAGAGCUUCGUCUUCACCAACUCAGCUGGACUGCUCGGACACUUAACCGUAGACGCUGGAGUUCUACAGGAUGCGAGCCGGAUGCCCCCGGAAGGUGGCAUGGGUAAUGUGACGGCUGUUACUUGGAAGGGGGACGUAUUGGCCCUGGGCGACAAUGAAGGCGGUGUUAGUCUGUGGGAUUUGAAGAACAAGGUUUCUCGAGAUGACGAGGAAUUGACUUCUCUGAUUACAGGUAUCAAUGUGCCGCGUAUUGGAAGAGUGAGAAAACUGAAGUUCGCACCUGGCAAGGGUAACAGUUUUCUUCUGAUUCUCUUGGUGGACGGAAUAGAUAUCUGGGAUAUCAGCGACACCUCCCAUAUCAGCAGUCUUAGACAGAAGACGAACAUGGGUCACGUGAUAGAUGCCGAUUGGGCCACGUCAUCGGAACCAGUACUCGCUUUCUCGGAUGGGACUGUCAGGGUAUCUGAUCUAUACCUCAACUUCCAAACUACAAGCGUGAAGAAUGUCGAAGCCUUCAUGCCCUCCCUGUGGCCGUCCAAAACUGGAAUAGCUCUGAAGUACGCACUGUUGUUCACUGACAAUGGCACUCUUAAGUGGAACGAAGAUGAGACGGAGGUGGAGAAAGUGGAUGUCCAGAAUGAGUCGAAUGUGGAGUUGGCUAAACAGAUCAAUUUCUUGCAGUUGGGUGUGUUGAAGGGGUUGUGCAGUACGUCUACCAUGGAGAGAUGCUUGUCCGUUUCCAGGAUAUUUUGCGAUCGCUGGGAUGAGCAGUUUUGGAAUGUGGCGAAAUUCUACCUCACUCGAUUCAAAGAGAUUGACCAGAUCCUGCUCAGUCUCGACGACGAAGAGAAACCAUCGUCAGAGAAAGACCCUCAAUCAGAGUUCCUGUCCAAGUUCCUAGACUGCUCAGCGAGUGAUUAUGUAGUUCCCAAUGAGCUCUACAGGCAGUCAAUGCUGGAAGCACAGUAUGUGUUGGGACAUGCUCACACCGAAUCAGCCGGCUCGGCUAUUUCUGUAGCCAAACUGAAGGACCAUUGCGCACGCAAUCUGCUCAAGUUUGGCGAUGCCGAGGAAGCUUCUGUGCUGCUACUAUCAACUGAUCCCGCACUCUCAUCAUUCCACGUGAACAGUCUCAAAACUUGUCUGAUCAACCUCAUCGUCAGCACAGGCGAAUCCCAGAAGCACAACGAGGACAUCUCCAAACUUGUUGCCACAAAUAUGAUUGCAAGUGGGUUCCUGGACGCCGGAGUCGAAAUCCUCUGCAUGUACAAGAACUACCUGGACGCUUGCAGAUACCUACAGAGCUAUGGCAAUUGGGACGAAUCAAUCUCAUUGGCAAAAAUAUCUCUACAGGAUUCAGAGAGCUACCAGGAGAUUGUGAAAAAGUGGACAGAAUUUCUGCAGUCGCCUCAGAUCAAUCAGAAAAACCUGGCAAUUUUGGUGUUCAUUUCAACAAAUCAGUUUUACAAAGCAUUGCAGCUGUUGCUGUCGACUCAACAAGCAGAAAAAGCGUACCUGCUGUUGAAAUGCAUGCAAGAAAUGGGUCUGAUUUCAAAUAACGGAGAAGAUUUAGACCUGUAUAAAGAUUUACAAGUUGAAAGCAAGGAACACUUGAAAACUGCCAUGGCUGGUAUAGGGUUUCACAAUGUAACAUUGUAAAAAAAAAUGAGUUGUCGAAGAUAAUCACGAAGAUGUUUUUAUUUAUAUAGUCAAAUUAUAAUGGUUAAUUGCUCUGUAUAUAAGGAAAUGAAAUCAUAUCGUUCGACAAACUAUAAAUUUGUUUGUAUAAUAUAUGAUAUAUUGCUUUUGGUGUUCGUCAUUAUACUGUGUCAUAAGUUAUAUUCUCCAUUAAAAUAGUUUAAAUUCAAUUUUGUCCUCUUUUUUAUUGAA